AUGGAGCCCCCCGGGCAGGUCAAGGACCGCAUCCUGGAGAACAUCUCCCUCUCCGUCAAGAAGGUCAGCGGGGUGGGGAGGGGUUUUUUUAUUGGGGUGUUGUUGGGGGGGGGAGACCCACAGACGCCCCCCCAUCCCGCCAAAAAGGGUGCCCUUCCCAGCCCCACUUAAGCAUAUUUCCCAGCAUAUUUCUCUUCCUUUCACCCCCCUACUCCCAAUUCUUAUUCGUUGUUAUUACUAUUACAUGUCACUCGUUAUUCUUGUUCGCUGUUGCUGCUGUUAUUCACAAUCAUUAUGAUUUGUUAUUAAGAUCUGUCCGUUUUCUUGUCCUUUUGCUACCAUCAUCAGCGUUCUUAAAUUUAUGACCUUUUCUGUGAACUGCCUUGAGACCUCCAGGUAUAGGUCGGUAUAUAAAUUCUAUUAUUAUUAUUAUUAUUCCCCCCCCCCCUUUGACAGGCAGGCUCCAGGGUUACAGCCGUCGCUUCACUUUCAAAAUUAAAAGCAGUUAAACCAAGAGCAGGGUAGGUCACAGGAAUCUGAGUCACUUAAGAACUGCUUCAUGGGCUCCUUUCUGGGAGGAAGGGCAGGUUAUGGAUUUAAUGCAAUAUAAAUAAAAUCGAGAGGUGCUAUCCGGUACGAAUUACACUCAAAGCUGGACCCGCUGAAGUUGAUAGGCGUGGUGGGUUUUUGGCCCAUUGGUUUCAGUGGGUCUUCUCAGAGGAGGACGCAACCCAUUGUUGACGUACCGCAACAAUAGUGUUGUUAGUAACGUCGUUUCAUCAUUGUCACAUGUUGUUGAUGUGAUUAGCCACAGUAGCAUAGUAUUACUUAUAAUACUAUUAAAACAGCCUUUUUUAAUUCAUUGCAGAUUUCUCAAUCCUUUCCCUGCUCUCUCUUGAUAAGCAGCCUAUGCUGGGGGCUUGUUGUGGGCGUGGGGGAAGAAAGUCAGGGGCAGGGAAGCUGCCAUAGAAUACAAUACGGGAUUCUCCUGCUGUUGUGGCUUCUUCUGAACAUUACCCACCCAGGAGCAGCCUAUCAGGGCCCACCCCAUGGUAAUGAUAACUGCUCAAGCUGUGCUUUCUGACCAUUUCAUCAAAGCUGUCACCUCUGUUUUAGCACCAUAUGACAUCACUUAACCAGCAUCCCUGGUUGCGACUGUACAUCUCUUUUCCCGCAUGGUCUGCCUUUGCGCCCACAGCCCAGCUAUUGUGCUCUCUUGCUUCCUUAUUCUAGCUGGACUGUAAUAAGCCUGGGUAUGCAGUCUCAGUAACAAGCAAGUUGCAGUGCGUGUUGAAUUUUCAGUGGGCCAAAGGGCUGCUUUCUUCGGCAAUGGAUGUUUUUAGAGAAGCCUCUGUUCCCAUUUUACUGACAACAAACCGAGGCUGAAGGGAAGGGCUGCAGCUCAGCGGUGGAGCACCUGCUUUCUGUGCAGAACGUCUAUGGCAUCUCCAGGUGGGAACAUCCCCUGCUCAAAACCCUAGGCAGUCAGUGUGGGUCAUCCUGAGCCUUCCAUCCUAAGAACGUAAGGCCAAUUGUCCUUGCUGUGGCCAACCAGAUUCCUUUGGAAAGUCUGCAAGAUGAUGGACCCGAGUUCAACAGCAUCCUCCCCCUGCUGUGCUUCUCAGCAGCUGCUAUUCUGACUGUUUGGCAUGCAGCAGUGGAUGAUGGGUAUUUGAGUCCAGCAACAUCUGCAGGGUACCCUGAUGGCUCCCUACCAUGACAGGCCUUUCCCCAGCAGGAAAGCCUCAGUGUUUUGUGGAGCUUAUCUCUCCCAACCUCUUAAACAAGCAGAUGCCUUCGAUGGGAGGCACUUUGCUGGCCCUUUGCUGCUUGAAGAAACAGCCCAUGGAUUGGCAAGAAGGAGAGCCAGCAGUGUGUAGUUCUCAUAAUUCCAUUAAUUGUGUUUCCCAGCACUGCAUCAUCCAAUUUACCAGUCAUUCUUUCUUCUCCUUUGCCUUUUGUAACCUUUUCCCUGCCCCUGACUUUCAUCCCCCAAGCCCAUAAUAACCCACUUAUCCAAAUGCACAGGCUAUUCCGUGCAAUAUCUGCAGCCAGACAUAAUAUGAAGGGGAAGUGCCUUUGGAUAAUAUAUUCAGUUUGCAGAACUAGGGUUUUAUACUAUCUAGAUCUGGCUAUCCUUUGCCAUGACUUUGCUUGGCUGUAGGGAACCAGAGGCGAGACUGUCGUCUUUGUUACCAACUGUGCCUUUUAUAUUCACUACUGAAACCCUUUUUUUUUUUAAAGGCUUCAUCCUUUUACUAGAUCUGGCCUUUGGGUUUUUUAUACCCUAUAAUGCUCAGCCUUAGCCUUAAUCCUAACUAGAGCUGGCGAUAUAUCAUCCAAAACCGGAUUGAAGCCAAUAUUGUGAUAAUCAUAUCAUAAUUUUUUACUUGGCAAUAUGUUGUGAAUCAUGAUGUGUGUAUGUUCUAUGCAUAAAUCACGGUGCAGGAAAAACUUUGAAGCAGGCAAUGCCUCUACAUAGCUCCAUCCUUAUUUCAGACACUGUGAUGUAUCGGUAUAUUGCAACGUUUAGCUGGUGACAUAUCACAAUGUUGAAAACCAGAUAUCGCCCAGCCGUAAUCCUAAACUGGAGACUCUUACAGUGGUUUACAAAACAGUAACAAAAAGUAACUCACCCUUUGUGGUAUACGUAUAUAUGUGUAGUCAAACAGCAAUAUUCAAAGCAGAGAUACACCUGUACAAUGCAAAUAUUUAAAAUGUUCAGAUAACUGUGUGUGUGCAUUCAUAAGGCUACUAUUGCCCUGACAUCUGUCAUUCCAGGAUGUUGCAGAUAUUAUGCACCGCUUCUUUGCUCAACUUUAGUCCUUUCCACAUCCAGGAACAAUAUGUUCAUUUUGGCGUCAUCGGGAUGUCUCAGAUUCUAUUAAGAACCGGUCCAAUGCAGGCAGGACAGUGGGGUUUCUUCUGAAAGUACAUAAUGAACACCUUAGCCAUUGUUGGUAGGUUAGUCACUGUUUCUACACGGUCCUCUUUGAUAGCUCCAGUUAGAUAGCGUAACACGCAACAUAAAGUAAUCACAACUUAAAACCGUUUAAAGCAAUCAGUUAGCAGUGCACCCUAGAUACCAGCAAGGAGAUGUCUUCAGACUUGCUUUCAUCUUCUCUUCCCCUCUCACUCGCUCAACUCCUCCACCCUCCAUCAGCCCCUUGCUCCACAUAACCGCUCCUGUCUUCCCCAGGCAAAUCCAUUUCCACUUGUCCCACAGCAGUUGCACAAAUUGCCAGUAUUUCAUGGCUGGCUCUUCCCACUCAACACGAAAUAUUGCAUAAACUCUAGUGCUGGGUUGGGGAAUCUCCAGCCUGUGGCCUCCCAGACCUCCCCAUUUGGCCCAUGUGGUUGUUUUGGCCAUGCCCACCUGCUUUCUCCCUGUGGCUGCAAAGCAGAGAAAAUGCAAAAACCCUGUAAACUCCUUUCCAAAAUUCUGAAGGAAGCAGGUAGAGACCCCAAAACUUUCAUAAAUUGCUGUCCGGUAGUUUUUUCCUCAUAAAAUUGGGUCUCCAUGAGUUCGUACUGUAAGAUCGCAUCACCCGGGGCUCAUUUGUAAGGGAAGGGUGGAAUAUACAUUUCAUAAACUAGUUAAUCAGAUGAUGGGCCUAGGUUUAAUUUUAUAAGAUGCCCAAAUGUUCCCUAACUCCACCCUGGGAGGAGAGCAUUGCUGCAACUCCUUCAUCCCUCUUGUUUGAAAGUGGGUGGCAUAAUGCAGUGGGUGCGUGAAGGAGUAUUGCAAAAUUCUUUGGCAAGAGUUGUGAUCUUUGCCAUUGCACAUAUGCUAACCUUUUGUGGGCUUUCCUAAAGCACCCUGGGGUGGUAACCAGGUAAGUCCUACUCGGCGUCAACCCAUUAAAAUCAAUGACCCCAAGAUAGUCACACACACUAAUUUCAGUGGGUCUACUCUGAGGAGGACUAACGUGGAAUGCAACCCCUGGAAACUGUCGUUUCAACAAGAAACAUAGUUCCCUGGGGAGGGGGCUGCUGCAGCUCAUCUCAGCCCUAGGAAUUUGCAAUGAAGAGUGGUAUUAAAGGCUUGAUUUCUUUCUUUGAGGUGAAUGGGGAACAGCUGCAUAUCAGGUAAAUCCAUUAAUGAGGUUCGGUCAAAGGGUCCUGAGCUUCAGUGGCAGGAACAUGGUCUUCUACGUUUAACAACUUCUGGGCUGCUUUAUAAAACAAGAGUUUCCCACCUGUGCCAGACUGUGUAGCUUGUGCGUUGGGUGCUGUGUCAGGGCAGCCACCAGCAGGUGCAUGGAAGAUCUGUGAUGCAGAGGAGUAGGAGAAAGGUGCUGAGAGUGGUCCCUGGUAGCAGCAGAGCAGCUGUUGGCUGUGUUGGUUGCUGGGCACAGGAGGAGGGACGCCAAGGCUGGGAGUUGGAAGAGGGAGCUGUUGUCAUUCCUUCCUUGUCUCCUGCAGCCUGCGGCCAGUCAGGCAUGGCAUGUGGCCAGGGAAGGGGCAAACGCUGGCAUCCAGGCAGCGAAAGUGAGGAGGGCUGCUGUGUGAUCAGCUCUGAGCUCUGACAGGGCCCCCAGGUACUGGCUGUAGAGCAGGACCCAAAUGGCCACCGAAAGAACGAAAUGGAGAAGAGCAACUUUCCAGAUCCCGCGUUACCAUCAGCAGAGUUUCCUCCAGCUGUUGCCGUGAGCAGAGAAUGCUGUCAAAAGCACAUUCCCUCCUUCCUCUCUCGAGAAGUUUCACAUCAGUACAAGGGCCAGUUUGCAGAAGUUGGCUUAAGUGGGGAGUCCCUUUCCUCUAGGGGGGUUUCAGUGAGCAGGCCACAGUCCUCCUCCUCCUCCUCCUCCUCCUCCUCCUCUCUGCAGGGCCCUCUCCUUAGUGUUCUUUCCAGGAUUUUGCCGCAUGGCAGGGGAUCUGUGGCCUCCCUGCUACCCUCCACUCCGUCCUUUGUGAAGUGGUUGUUCCGUCCUCGAAGGAGCAGUCAUAUGCUUUGCGUCAGUCUCAGCCUGCUCAGCUCAUGAGCUGCACCAUCCGCUGCCUUUCUGGACUUGUUCCAGUCCUUGGAAUCUGCCCAGCACUGGCAGCCAAGCGCUGAAGAAACUGGCUCAGAGUUGCCAUGAAAGGGUCUCUGGUGGGCAUCCCCCCCAUCCCAUGUGGCCCCCUGUGCCCACAGAGCAGGAGCAUGGCAAGCUGAGUUAUGUAGUGUUGAUUCAUUGAUCCAUCUAGUUCAGUGUCACCUGCUCUGACUGGCAGCAGCUCUCCAGGGUAUCCGGCAGAGAAAGGCAUUUUGCUCCUACCUGGGGCCUUCUGCAUGUAAAGCAUGAGAUACCAGCCCUCUGCCCAGGUGACGUAUGGAAGUUGCAGAGACCCUGCUUCCCUUCUGGUCUGAGCAGUUGUGGAUCCCCAGUUAGGGACUAGGUGUUCAUGAAAAGUAUUCCACAGAGCAAUAGGCCCCUCAGCACUCCAUACGGCAGGUGAGGCUGGGACUGACCCUCUUGUCAUGGGGUUAUUUUCCAUCAGCUCUGAAUGGUCAGCCGGGUUCAAGCCGAACAUCUCAGCCGGGCGUCUGUUUACGGUGCUCUCUCUGUUUGUGUGUCCUGCCUGUGAAUGCGCUUGGGCAAUCACAUGGGUGUCUCUUAAACAUGGACGUCGUUUGUUUUGCUUGUCAAAGGGUUUAUAAAUAGCUUUGUGACUCACCAGACCAGCAUUCCCACAGGAGGAAAUUUUGCCCUGUCACCUUAUGGGUCAGCUUUGCUUGGUGGCAUCAGCUGGGGCAGAACCUGAUCAGUCAAGUACUGCUUGGCAGGAUAUCCAGUUGACACGUGAAUCGACACCCUGAUCAGGGAGGGAGGUCCGGCUUCCUGCCUUUCCUGCUGGUCGGGAUUUUUCAGCCCCCCGGAGCAGGUGUUUUUACCAGAACAUGCAGUUUUUACCCCAUUGGGUGCAGUGUGAGAAAGUCAUAUAUAUAAACUAGGUGCUGAAUGGCUCCUUAAACCAAAGUUAGUCACCAACACAGGAUGUUUAGUUGCCAUUUUUGGGCCAGGAGGCUCUGAAGUCUUAUUUUUCAAAUGAUGGACUGACUGUGAUUAAUUCUGGCUAGUUCAGAUGGCAACCAUGAACUAGGUAUAGAACGUUGAGAACUUAAAGAAGAAAAGUCAUUUGAUCCAGGGACAGUCCACAUAUAUUGGCCUCUUCCAACCUCUUUUUUUUAAUGGUUACACAGACCAUUCGUAACAUAAGCAUAUUCUUCACAACUGUGAGCAGGGCAGUGGGGUGGAGGAAGUGAAGACAAGCGACAACAAUUAACUAUAUCAUUGUUCACUGCUCCUUUUCCAGAAAGGCUCCUAAAAUUCAUUCUGAUUGUGCAGAUAGAAUAUAACUGAUUGAAUUCUACAGGAUGGGGUAUUAGUGUGUGAAAGCAGUCGAGAUCCAAUGAUUCCCAGGCGUGUACCUCCAGAUGGUGGAGAUGUCAGGCAGCAUACUGGUGCCUCUGAGAUUUCCUUUAUGGUUGGGAAAGAAAGGGUUGUAUCCAAUUCAGAGUAGAUCCAUUGGAAUUAAUAACUAUGAUUAACUUCAGUCCUUUAGUUUCAGUGGCUCCCCAGGGUUUCAAGCAGGGGAGACGCUGCCAGGGCCUGGGACCUUUGGCAUGCUUAGCAGAUGUUCUGCCGCUGAGCCCCAUUCCCUGUGUGUCCUCAGUGUUGCUUCCCUUGCACUUGCCACCAUUAGCCCAUAGGGAGCAGAGCUCCAAGAGGCAGCCAGGCCCCACCCCCUCCAAGCCAGGAGCAGCUCUUCCUUGCGUCACCCUCCUCUCCUUGCAGUCUAUGCUGGAGAGCUUCUGUGCAGGUACACUUUGGGACACACCCCUUGGGUGAGCAAUUGCAAAAUGGGCGACGGGAGCUAUGGGGUGUUGCCUCUCCUGCCCCAGGCUCUCCCUGCGAUCCGAUCAGCUCGUCGCAGGAGCCUCAUUCAGCUGAGGCAGCGCAUUGCUUGGGUGUCCCUCCCAAAACCGGCGAGGCUGGGAACCCUGGCUUAGGGAGAAAAUGUUCCUCCCACCUUGCUCUGUGCGUCUGAUUGGCCGGGAGAACUGUCUGUAUACAGAACUGUAUCCCAGCAGGCAUACAGAGGUGGUGCUGAUGGAAGGUACCCACAAUAAAUAUCUCCCUGCCCCCCCCAUUUGCUGCACUGUUGGACCCCUCUUGUCACCUGCAGGAAAUAGCUCACGGCCAGAGCGCCUGCCUUGCAAGCAGAAAGCUCCAGGUUCAAUCCCCGUCAGCAGAGCCAGUGUGGUGUAGUGGUUAAGAGCGGUGGACUCGUAAUCUAGUGAACCGGGUUCGCAUCUCCGCUCCUGCACAUGCAGCUGCUGAGUGACCUUGGGCUAGUCACACUUCUUUGAAGUCUCUCAGCCCCACUCACCUCACAGAGUGUUUGUUGUGGGGGAGGAAGGGAAAGGAGAAUGUUAGCCACUUUGAGACUCCUUUGAGUAGUGAUAAAGUGGGAUAUCAAAUCCAAACUCCUCCUCCUCCUCCUCCUCCUCCUCCUCCUCCUCUUCUUCUUCUUCUUCUUCUUCUUCUUCUUCUUCUUCUGCAUCUUCAGGCAGGGCUGGGAAAAGCCUUUUGAGCCCUUGAGAAGCGUCUGAGCUCCUAGGUGCUUGCCCCCUGGACCCCUCUGGGGUGUCGCAAUUCCUGCAUUGCUACCUUCCGGCUCUACCGUUCUGUAAUUCUACAAGGCAGAAUCCUCUCCCCCAAAACUCAUUCACUGACGUGUUUUUUCUCUUUCUCUCACCCUUAGCUGCAAAGCUACUUCGCCGCCUGCGAGGAUGAAACUCCAGCCAUCAGGAACCACGACAAGGUCCUGCAGAGGCUCUGCGAGCACCUUGACCAUGCGCUGCUGUAUGGGUAAGGCAGCCAGGCCUUCCUAACCACUUUCCAGUUCGGUGCUGAAAAUAUUCCCAACCCCCAGUGCCACUCCUCACUUUGAAAAUGUUGCAAAGGUGAAGGAACACUUAGUGCAUUAAGAACCCGGCUUGUUUGAGUGGCACUUGGGAAGGGCUCUUACCGUCCCCCCCUUCCUUGUUCUGCCCACUUUACGAGAGAACUGGUGAGCGUUUUCUCUUAAAGCAACAGGCUAGGCGUAAAAGCCCUGCCAACUUCAGUCAAGAAAAACUGCCAGGCAGACGUUAAAGUCGCCAAUAUCUCAGUGCGCUUCUACAGAUCUAAGGUGCAAGUUCACUCGCAGUACGACGUAUGGUUCUCAUCACCACGCCUCAGAUAGGGUCUGAAAACAAAAAGCCAAAUGGCUGAUGGAUUAGCUCCCCUGUGAAGAGAGGUCGUCACGUUUGGGACUUGCUAUUGUAGGGAGGGGGGAAGACGGAAUAGCAGCGUGGAGAAAAUGGGCAAGGGGAAGAUUUUCAGAUCCCACAGAAGCUGAAUGGUGAGAGAUUCAGGGCAAGCAGGAAGAAGAAGCAGCUUAUGAGUUCUCACAGAGCUGAGCUGUGGAACUUGCUGCCCCAGAGGUGGUGAUGGACCCCACCUUGGGCAAAAAUUCAUCGAGGGGAAGUGAGGGGGGCUAUCAGUGGAAUUGCUAGCUACUGCAGCCACAGCCUUCCUCCAAUAUCAGAGAGGGCAGGCCAUCUGAAUGCCAGCUGGUGGGGAACAGACAUGGGGCUGUUGUGCUCACGUGCUGCCUGUGAGCCUCCUAGAGGCACCAGAUUGGCUGCUGUGGGGCAGAAUGCUUGUCUUGAUAGGUUUUUGGCCUGACCCAGCAGCUAAGCUCCUCUGGUGUUCUUAUAAGGUGACAGGUGGUAAAGGUAAAGGGACCCCUGACCAUUAGGUCCAGUCGUGGCCGACUCUGGGGUUGCGGCGCUCAUCUCGCUUUAUUGGCCGAGGGAGCCGGCGUACAGCUUCCGGGUCAUGUGGCCAGCAUGACUAAGCCGCUUCUGGCGAACCAGAGCAGCGCACAGAAACACCGUUUACCUUCCCACCGGAGCAGUACCUAUUUAUCUACUUGCACUUUGAACGUGCUUUUGAACUGCUAGGUUGGCAGGAGCAGGGACUGAGCAACGGGAGCGCACCCCUUUGCGGGGAUUUGAACUGCCAACCUUCUGAUCGGCAAGUCCUAGGUUCUGUGAUUUAACCCACAGCGCCACCCGUGUCCCCGUGACAGGUGGUACCUGGAGUCAAUUCGUGAGUAAGUUGAGUUAGAUAUUUUGGGUCUGGGCUGGAUCUCUCCUGAACAUUUUAUCUGGGGCUUCGGAGGCAGUGAAAGAAAGUCCAUGUGUCUUCCAGGCUGUGCAGCAGGUCCCCCUUACAAUUCAGGAAAAGUGACCUGUUUUGCCUUUAGAGUGCCCGUUUUAAAGAUAAAAGUUUGCUGGGAUGAUGAGUUAAAUUCCUCAGGGGAGCAAACUCUUGUCUGACAGAAUGCCUGGUUUCAAUAAUUAUUGUAACUGUGUAAUGUAUUCUGCUGUGUGUAUUAUUAUUUUUUUGUAAUGGCUCCAGCUACACAGAUAAUAAUAUUCAUAUUGCAGGCUGUGCUGUUAAACAGGUCUGAGGUAGAAGCCUUGACACAGUGGCUGUCCUCCAUCACCCUGUUUUUACUCCUCUGUUUCCACAGGCUGCAAGAUCUCCCUUCGGGCUACUGGGUCCUGGUGGUCCAUUUCACUCGCCGAGAAGCCAUUGAGCAGAUCGAGGUCCUGGAGCACGUGGCCACCAACUUGGGGCGCAGUAAGUGCAGACCAGAGCUUGGCUGGCAACCGCCUUCCCGGGAUGUAAUGUGGCAUAGUGUUUGUGUUCCAUGUUUUCUGGUUCAACUUAAACCCAACCUGCGCCCUAGGAUCUGAAGACAAACCUCUCCUUUGCAUCCUGGCUGCUACCAGGACUAGAGCACUCAGGAUGCAGGAGAGAAACUACGGAACUCUGUCCUUCAGGGGGUCCCUUUGGCUUCUCUCUGCCUGCCUUCCACUACUCAGAUAAGACACUUUUAUUUAGGCUAACUUUUAAUUUGCCCGUUAGGAAUUGUCCUAGUCCUACUCAGAGGAGACACAUUUAAAUAAAAAAACCUAAAGUAGUCAUGUUCCUUAACUUUGACAGGUCUACUCAGAGUAGGGCUAGCACUGGCUACAAUUCUGGAUUUUUAAUGGCUCUAUUCCAGUUAUUUUAGCUGUUGUCUCUUUUCCUGUGGUCUUUUAUUAUUAUUAUUUUUAAUGCUGUAUUGCUGUUGUUUCGGGGGGGUUUUAAAAUCUGCCCUGAGCACUGCCGUUGUUGCUUUCUUUACUGUAGAACGAGAGAAUAUAAACUCUCUGAAAUGAAUGAAACACAUAUCCUGUUCUAAGCUGUUGCUCCCUUUGGGCUCCUAUCCAAAGGACUGAUCCGGUCUUCCAGCUGCCAGGCCAUUGGCUGGUUCCACAGUCGUCCUCCUCACAGGGGUCCCCCAUCCAGGCACUCCCCAGGCCUGCUGUAACCAUGUUGUGUUGACUCUGAAAUACGUUGGGACAGGGAAUUUGUGUUCCCUAGACCCCUCUCUGCUGACACAAGGACAUGCAAGCUUCUGAGCUGCACUGAGAUCUUCGCCAGGCUGCCCACUUUGUACAGAACCAGGUUCCUUAACAGGGGCAAGGAUGCUCUGAUCCGGUGGUGUUUUGCUGGUUAAAGCAGGGGCUGAUUUAAGGCUGGCACCUUUUUCAAAAGGGCUUAAUCCUGGGACAUUUGAUGGGCUUGGGCUUGUGUAAUACAGAAAAAACUGUCUUGUCCUGCAACGUGAGGUUAAGGAGUAGGGCAUGGCCAGGCCCAGAGUGCAUGGCUUCCCAGCACCUCUUGGCAGCAGCUGAGCAUUGUCUCAUGAUGACAUCUCGGAGGCAUUACCCAAAGCCUGUGUAUUGAGCCUGUUGCUCUUGACAUUUAGCCAUGGUGGGUGGGAGGUUGCCUACUCCUCAAGCCGUGCCCGUAAAACCCUCUCCUUUUCCGCCCCCCCAGGCCGAGCAUGGCUGUACCUGGCCCUCAAUGAGAACUCCCUGGAGAGCUACCUGCGCCUCUUCCAGGAGAACCUGAGUCUGCUGCACAAGUACUACGUCAAGUGAGUCUGGCACUGGGAUGGAGAAGGCACAGCUGCGCUUCCCCCCACCCUUAAUGUUCAAACGGUGUAAGGGAAGUGCAAACUGUUGAGUCGGCAUGUUUUAAAAUACAUACAACUAUUCCAGUUCACUGGUUUCUUAAGUAAAUCGUCUUCUUGAAUGCACCAUAGAAAACACACAAAGUUUACAUUAUUGGGUGUCCCCACUUAAUUGAGUAUUGCAGUUCAACAGACUUUGGGUUAUUGGGAAAAGGUUUAAACGGUACAUAUCGUUAGCAUGGGUGACUUACUUUCAUUUUCUAAAUGAAAUUCAAAUAAACACACUAAUUCAGAUUCCAUUUGGCUGAAGGUGCCAGAAGACUUCUCUUCUCUUUUCUUUUUUUAAAUAAAAUAAAAAUAAAUACUUAAUUAAUAAAAUAAAAACUUAAUGGUUUUAUUUAAACAAGACCCGCAAAAGGAAAAUGUUUACAACAGUGUAACACAGUUCAGUUCAGAAUACCAGACAAAGAAAAAUUUCUGAUUCAAAAUUUUCUGGAAAACCAACAUAUUUGUCUUCAAUGAUGUUGCAAGGAGUCCGAACAGUCAGAUCUGCUUAUGUGACUUGGAAUAUUAAAUGGAAGCCUUUUCAAUCUUUCCUUCCUUGCUGAACUUGCAGAAUUUGUCUUUUUGGAUUGCAGAAGGAAGGGAAAGAUCAGAUGGGAAGAGGUUGGGCUUUGUUUUUGCCUGGGUGGGCCAUGAAACCUCUGGGUUCUUGGAUGACCAGCUUCAACUUCUCUCUCCCACAGGAACGCUCUUGUCUGCAGCCACCAUCAUUUGACCCUCUUCCUCACGCUGGUCUCUGGUUUGGAGUUCAUCCGCUUUGAUUUAGACCUGGUGAGCAAAUCUUCUCCUCUUGCUGGAGAGUAGCGGAGAGACACACACACACAGAAGGAGCAAAGAACAAACUCUUGAUGCAAACCUGCCCUGUAUUUUUCAAUCCCCCUGGCCCCCAUUUGGCUACCCCAGUCUUUGGCAGCACAACUUCCAUCAGGCUUCGAAUACACGCACGGAAAUUUCCAUGCCUCCUUUUGAGUUGCAGCAUCUUGAUGGUGCCACGAGGAAAGCUUAAUCCACCUCCUGCCCACCCUUCAAUUUCCUGCAUCUACGGCCAAAUAAAGAUGCUGCAUUGAUUUUUUCCCCCAUUUUGAAAGGCCCUUGCUUCUUCUGUAUUACAUUAGCAGCAUUUAAGAAGUACUUUGCUAGACACUAGGACUAAGAGCCCUGUGUGGAAAGUGAUUUACUGGGCUGGCAGGGGGGAGAGAGAGAGAGACUCAAGAAGGACCCCUUCAUUACAUUGGCUGUUCAAACCCCUUUCGCUACAGCCUUCUGAUUUAGUCUGGACCAAAGAGGAGCAGCAUUUCGCCUUCCUUUUAUUUCUUAUACCUAGAGGUGUGUUCUGAGCUUCAGUGGUGAGCCCUUUUCAAGGGCAGGCCACCCCUUCCAAUUAAUUUGCCAACCAGAUGCAUCAGUGUCGAGGAAGCUGCAAGCAGACCCUUUCCCCACAAAGAUGCCUCUCCCAGGGCUCUGGGUACUGAGACUUCUCCCUAGUCAAGUUACCCCCUCUUGUUCUUCCUUAAUAAGCAGCCCUCCGAGCGCUGGCAUGACUGUGGCUCCAGUUCUCUGCAGUGCUUGGAGGCAGCUGGCCACAUGCAGGUGCCCUAAGAGAGGUGGCGCCUGGAAGCAGGAUGGUGGCAGCAGUGAGCAGCCAGCUGUCCUGCCAGCAGGGGCUCCUUAGGGGAGGCAGGUCAGGAGGUGGGUUUCUCCAUUCCCUAGAUGAACAGUAACCCCAGGUUUUUCCCUGGCCCUUCCAGGAUGCCCCUUACCUGGACCUGGCGCCCUACAUGCCGGAUUACUACAAGCCUCAGUACCUGCUGGACUUUGAGGACCGCCUGCCCAGCUCAGUCCAUGGCUCAGACAGCCUCUCCCUCAACUCCUUCAAUUCCGUCACCUCCACCAACCUGGAAUGGGACGACAGUGCCAUUGCCCCCUCCAGCGAGGGUAAGUGGGGUGCAAGUGUUCGAACAGGGCUGGAGGAGGCCAGGGGGUUGUUGCACAGUGCCCAGGAGACUGACGUCUGCAGGCAGAAAUCCCUCCUCGCUCACCAAACAGCAGUUUGGGGCGAAGGCAGAGAGAGUUAAUCCAGUUUGGGUAUCUAGUAGUCAUGUUGUUUCUCUGCAGAGAGAAGGGGAGGGAGCGUGGGUGAUUUUGCUAGUAGGGUAUUCCAGCCCUCUGUGCUGGAGACCCAGAGCGUGGGUGACAUCUCCCUGUCUUCGUGGACAAAACCCAGGGUGGGGGAGUUACCUGAAGCCAGGUCUCUCCAUGGCCUAAAAGGCGUCCUCUUGGAUACACAUGAAUGGAGUACUUCUCUCAGAGUGGUGUCUUUAAUAAGGUAUUUGAAAAUACCAUGCUGGGGGUGUGCACAGUUUUCUCCCCACCUGAUGCUGGUUAAGCCUCAUCUGCCUGUGCUGUAGAAUGAACUGGGUAGUCCCGAGGUGCUAGACUGGACUGUACCACAUCUGAGAGCCAGUCAGGGGAACCACUUUUUUAAUGCCCUCCUGCAUUCAAAAAACCAACAAGCAAGCAGGAACAGACCCAGAGGAAUAGGAGGCAGGCACAACUAAGGAGUAGACCGAACUUGAAUAUUCCUCCCUGGUAAACUGCUGUGUUUGUUGCUGGCGAUGAUGGCAUUUCCUUUCUGGAAGUUUUGUAUUUGGGGGAGCAUUUGGAAACUGGCACCUCCCCCCCCCCCCCCGCAGCCUGGAGUGGUAUAAUCCAGCCACAGUUCCCCACCUCUCCUCUGCCCCAUGCGUAGACCUAUGCUGCUGGGAAGAACCAGCAUGAUGUAGUGGACGGAUUGUCGGACUAGGGCCUGGGAGACCAGGGUUUGAAUCUCUGUCUGGCCAUGAAGCUCACAGGGUCACUGCCUUUCAGCCCAACCUACCUCACAGGGUUGUUGUGGCCAUUAAAUGAGGAGGAGGCAAACCAUGUAUACCACUCUAGAGCUCCUUGGAGAAAAAAGGUGGGAUAUAAAUGCUAUAAAUAAUAAGAGCAACGAACUAGCACCCCACCUCUGUCCCCCUUGACGCCCCCCUGGCCAUUUAUUCCCCACCCCUUCCUUCAGCCUCCAUUUCUAACCCUCCUUUUUUAUCCCUCGUUUUGUAGAUUAUGAUUUUGGAGAUGUGUUCCCUGCAGUGCCGUCCAUGCCCACCACAGCCUGGGAAGGUGCGACCAGCUCGCCCGCUUCUCCGUAGCCAUGCUCUCUCUGUGCCGCUUUUGUUUCCUUCGUCAGAGCUUGCCUGCAUGCCCCGCCAUGGGUCCCUAAAGCCGCUUGGCGCCCCCAGGGGGAACCAGCGGCUCAGAAGAGUGUGAGGUCCCUCCCUCCGCCACUCCUUGUGGGGUAAACAGGGGCUUGGCACUGGGUGCUGCGGCACUUUGGGGAGCGAGGGCUCUCCACCUCGCUGGCCCUUCCCCGCGGCCUUUGACCUCCCUCUCCCUCCUAGUGGGGCCAAGUCCUGAGUGUCUUUAACAUCCUUCCUCGUUCUGUGGCUUUGUCUCUGCAGCAUGAGAUGCUGGGUGUCCUCCUCGUCUCCAGAUUAACAAGCCUUCCAAACCCUCUCUUUCUGCACAGGCAUCGGUGAUCACCUUCUCCCGGGCCACUAACCGCUUUCUCUGUUCCAACAGUGCAUGGGAAAGACCCAAAAGAAGCCAUCACUUAUUUGAUUGCCACCAACCCCCCUUUCUCCACUGGCAGCCUCGUUUUUUAAGCGGGCCCAUCUCUUUUCUCUGCUCUCCCUCUUUAUGGGCUGCCUCGGACUCUGUGCCGCCACCUCCUCCUCCUCCUCACAGGGCUUUGCAGCAGAAGGAAACCAAGGACUCUCUAUUAGAAGCUGCUCUCUGUCUUGUUUGUAGGCGAGCUUCUAGUCCUUAUGAUUGGAAAGGGAAACAGGGAGGACAGGAGAGCAGAAAUUGCCAGUGGGAAGGUGCUCAGAACGUUGAGUUGAGGCUCCUCCUGCCCGUUUUCCGUUCUCUUCCAAGAGCAUUCUGCCUACCAACCCUGCGGUGCUCAGGGUUUGGGGCACCUGUUCGUGGCUGAUAUUUGGUUGCUUACAGGGCAGCUGAAUGGGACUGCUCCUCUCGCCUUGCUUGGAGCCUAGUCCAAUCCCAAGGCAGCUCAGCUCAGGGGCAUUUCUGCACUACAAUGCUGUAGUUCUUUAAAUAACUGAACGAGCUUGAAAACCUGUGAGUUCUGUGCAAACAGGCAUUAAAGCAUCAGGGGGUGCUGAAUAAGACUUUUCAGUGCCUUUGCCAGAUUGUAAUGCCAUGUAAUAAUAAUAAUAAUAAUAAUAAUAAUAAUAAUAAUAAUAAUAAUUUAUUAUUUAUACCCCGCCCAUCUGGCUGAAUUUCCCCAGCCACUCUGGGCGGCUCCCAAUUGAGUGUUAAAAACAGUACAGCAUUAAAUAUUAAAAACUUCCCUAAACAGGGCUGCCGUCGGAUGUCUUUUAAAGAUAGGAUAGCAGCUUAUUUCCUUCACAUCUGAAGGGAGGGCGUUCCACAGGGCGGGCGCCACUACCGAGAAGGCCCUCUGUCUGGUUCCCCGUAACCUCACUUCUCGCAAUGAGGGAACCGCCAGAAGGCCCUCGGAGCUGGAUCUCAGUGUCCGGGCUGAACGAUGAUAAGUAUCGCAAUCUGUGAUAAGUUUCCAAAACUAGUUUUAAACCGAAACCAAUGAGCACUUGUGAAGUAGACGAGUCCUCCUCUGAUUCCUGGCUGCUUACUUUGAAUGACCCUGAGUUGUCUCAGGAUGUCUGCAGGGGGCACCAAAAACCACCCCUCUGCUGGGGAUCCUUCAUGGGCCACUCUUUCCCCAGGCUUUGCUUCUGGCUUCAGGACCUUCUUGUAGGGAGGGGGGAGCUGAAUCACACUUUGUUGCUUUUUCUCCUCCUCUUGCUCAGACGGAGACCUAACAGACACCCUCAGCUGCUCGCGCUCCACAGCCUCCGAGGUGAACAACUGCCGAGCGUCGGCCAAGAGCCCAACUCAGCAGCGCUACAACCCUUUCAACGAGAAGGCGGAGGCGUUGUCCUCCAUUGAGACCACCCCAGUCCACUCUGCCUCCCAAGAGAAGGCAGACCUCACAACGACGGAGGGCACAGACCUAUCGGAGAACUGCAUGGAGCUGGAGGUCAUAAGGUCAGCGGGGGGGGUAGAAAGUCCAGGGUUCCCUGGCCAGCUGGAAUCCUAUGAAACUGCUUAUUAUCAUAAUUAUCAUUAUCUUUUUUAAAAAAAAAAAAAAAAUUUAUUGGUUUUUACAAAAACAAAUUCAAAAUAUUAAAGAGAAAAAACUUGAGCCAUAUCCAUAUAUGAGAUUCUCUGAAUCUCAUGACUUCCCCACCUCCCCUGCAUGGGUGCUUAAAAUGGUUUUUCUAAAACUACAUAUCAUUGCGUUCUCCAGUUUUCCUUUCUCUAAAUUAUCCAUAUUUUUCGUUUCUAUGCAAGUUAUUUUUAAAGUCCAGCUAACAUUUUUAUUUGUUUACAAUGGUCUCCUAAGUAAAUAAUAAAUUUUCCCCAUUCUUUUUCAAAGUCAAUAUCUUCUUGAUUCCUGAGUCUCCCAGUCAGUUUUGCCUUUUCAGCAUUUCAGUUUGGCUUGCCAUUUUUCCUUGAUCGGAACUGUUGGUGCUUUCCAUCUUUGGGCUAGCAUUAUCAUCAUCAUCAUCAUCAUCCCAGGGCUACAGCAAUUUAAAAUUCAGCGGGUGGCGCUGUGGGUUAAACCACAGAGCCUAGGACUUGCCGAUCUGAAGGUCGGUGGUUCGAAUCCCCACGAUGGGGUGAGCUCCCAUUGCUCGGUCCCUGCUCCUGCCCACCCAGCAGUUCGAAAGCACGUCAAAGUGCAAGUAGAUAAGUAGGUACUCUGGCGGGAAGGUAAACGGCGUUUCCGUGCGCUGCUCUGGUUCGCCAGAAGCGGCUUAGUCAUGCUGGCCACAUGACCCAGAAGCUGUACGCCGGCUCCCUCGGCCAAUAAAGCAAGAUGUGCGCCACAACCCCAGAGUCGGCCACGACUGGACCUAAUGGUCAGGGGUCCCUUUACCUUUACUAUAUUAACAGUUGAAGCAAGUCAGAGGAAGAGACUAUGUCCUAAAAAACCUCGCUUCUUGAGGGGUCAAAGGUCAGAGUAAAGGAGUACCUCUUCAGCAUUCCUGUUGCAUUGGGCCAUUCUUCCAGCUAGCUGAGUCCACUCUUGACAGUCAGCAGGUUUGCAGUCAGAGAUACCAGGGAGGUGGAUAGGCUUCACUGCUGAGCUAUUGUCCCCUCCUUAAAACAUAUUAUAAACUACCUUGCUCUGUCUUGCUCAUGGCUGGGCUAACUGUGGCCCUCCAGAGGUUGCUUGACUCCAACUCCCUCCAGGCCCAGCAUCGCCUGUGGUCGGGGAAGAUGAGCCGGUUCCCUCCGAAUCAGAGGGAAGCAGCCAUUACCGAUGGCGCCACCCCGGAAGUCCCAGGGAAGAUGGAAGGAGCUGGAGUCCGACACCCAGAGUGCCACAGGUUCCACACCCCUGCGUUCAAGAGGAGGCAGAGUUGUGAUGGAUGUAGGCAGGGACAGGAGAGGCAAAUGACGGUCUAGUUUAGGUUUGGGGGAGCCGUGGCCUUCUAGAUGUUGCUGGACUUCAAUUCCCAUCAGCCCCAGCCAGCUGCUUCUAUUCCUAAUAAGCCUAGGGGGGUGUCCUUCGGUAUGGGACCAAAUAUUCACGCUGGCUGCGUUCUCUAGAGGGCUGUCGCUGCCCCCCAACACCCCCGUGGCCUGACGCUGCCCUUAUGGCUCACUGUGCUUCUACUUCUCCAUCUCUUUUUUAUUUUAUUUUCAGGUUCAUGCAUUUCAAUUUUACAGUCAUUUUAACAUUUCAAAACUUGACUUCCUUCCCCCCUUUGUGCGGUUCCUUAAAUUUAUUUUUAAUACCUUCUGCAUUUCCAAAUUAUUCAUUUAUUCAUCUACUUUAAAUAUGUACUCUUUUAAAACUGCAGAUUACAAUAAUCUUGCCAGUGUUCUUACCUGUUUACAAUUUGUCUGUAAAUAUUCAAUAAACCAUUUCCAUUCUUUUAUAAAAAGGUUGCUAUCUUGAUUUCUCAUUUUUUUCCGGUAAGUUUCGCCAUUUCUGCAUAUUCCAUAAGUUUUUGUAUCCAUUCUUCUUUCGCUGGGACUUCUGCUUCUUUCCAUUUUUGGGCAAGUAACAUUCUUGCUGCAGUAGUAGCAUACAUGAAUAAGCUUUUUUACAUUUUGGGUGGUUGUCCCUAUAAUUCCUAAAAGGAAAGUUUCUGGGUUUGUUUUUUUUACAAACGUUAUUUUAAACAUCUUUUUCAAUUCAUUAUAUAUCAUUUCCCAGGAAGCUUCAAGACCACCACAUGAUAAAAAGAACCUUCUUUCUCCUUACACUUAUUUGAUUUAGAGUUAUACAUUUUUGCCAAUUUACUCGGUGUUAGAUAUCUAACAUCUAUCUAUCUAUCUAUCUAUCUAUCUAUCUAUCUAAUACUUCUCCAUCUCUUUGUAGGCUAGCUAAAAAGAAGAAGGCAGGCAAGAAGAAAAAGGUCAAGACCGAAGAGGUCAGACAGGAGGACUCCAGCACCACUCCCAACUCUUCUGUGGCCCAGGCUGGAACUCAAGGGGCAGACGAGGGGGACAAGUCGGGCACCGGAGCCAGGCAGCAGGAAUCUGGCCUGGAGGCCAACCCAGAUGUCAGCAGCGAGAGGAGCCCCGCCCUUCCCCAGCUGGGUCUGUGCAUCCCCGAGAUGAAGGACACCUCCAUGGAGAGGAUGGGGCAAUCUCUGAGCAGGGUGAUUGAUUCCCUGGACGAUGCCGGGGGGUGGAACCGCUCCCUCGAGCCCCCGGACCAGUCCUUUCGGACCGUCUUGCCAGAGGAGGCCCCCUCGGAGGGGCCACCCUCUGGCGGCGUUAGUGAGGGGGUUUCGGCCCCCAUGGAUUUCUACCGCUUUACCGUCGAGAGUCCAAACGCUGCUUCGGCAGGUGGUGGCCGCCAUGACGCUGCAGGGGAUGGUCAACCGCCACAUGUUCCUGGUGGCCCUCAAGCUGCUGGAGAAGAGGAGGAAGGAGGAGGAGGAGAAGAGACGGCUGGGCCACGCAUAGCAACGGACUUGCAGGAGCAGGAGGAGGAGGUGGUGGAGGUUGAGGCAGGCAGUGUGGAGGCCCUCGGUAAGCUAAAGGGAGACAGGGCCAGCCCCUCUCCAAGCAGCGCUGAGGACUCUGGCGUGGAAGAAGGCCAGGGGAGCCCUUCUGAGGCAGCCCACCCCUCCGAGUUCAGGUAAGUGGCUGCACAGAGGGAACCAAAUAAAGCUGCCAGGAAAUCCAGUGGGUGAAAGAAGGUGGGAACCUUUCUGACCCAGGGCAGGGUAGGAUGGGAAGGGGAAACGGUUAUUCCCCUUAUAAACGAGAUGUAUGAGUUUCUCUACCUGAGGACAAAAUGGUGGCUGGCUGCUUCUGCUGGGUCUUCUGAGACAAGGAGAAAAGACCGGGGGGUGGGGUGGGAAUUCUCAGUCAUCUUUUAUCUGUCUGGCAAAUUGUCACUCCGGCCUGCUAACCUCACGGUGGAGCCGUUCAGCCUGGAAUCUCUUGUUGGCUGCAUUCACUUGCUGAUGACAAAGAAUCCAGAUGGCGUAGCUGACAAAACAUUGCGUUGUGUAGUUUUUGUGUUUUUAAAAUCCCAGGCAGCUUCUCUGACUUGCCACAGCUGAGGUGCUGUGUUGCCCAAGGUGGGCUGGCAGAAUUCAUUUGAAGCUUCCAGCUACAGUGGUACCUCGGGUUACAUACGCUUCUGGUUACAUACGUUUCAGGUUACAGACUCCGCUAACCCAGAAAUAGUACCUCGGGUUAAGAACUUUGCUUCAGGAUGAGAACAGAAAUCGUGCAGCAGCGGCGCAGUGGCAGCAGGAGGCCCCAUUAGCUAAAGUGGUGCUUCAGAUUAAGAACAGUUUCAGGUUAAGAACAGACCUCCAGAACGAACUAAGUUCUUAACCCGAGGUACCACUGUACUGUGCCUUCGAUUAGGAGCUUCCCCUGUGCGACAUCCUCCUCUCAUUCCUUCCUGUUUAGUGACAAGAAACUGCCUUUGAACUGCUCAUCGGUUAAUCAUCCCCUUUUCCUCACCCAGGCAAAGCGUCUUUAAUUUUACUGGCUUCCUCUCAUUAUUUACUUGGUUUUUUUGUUUAUCAUGAAAUUGUAUUAUAUACCGUAUUUUUCGUCCUAUAGGGCGCACCGGCCCAUAGGACGCACCUCGUUUUUUGGGGGGGGAAAUGAAUUAAAAAAAAUUAUUUCCCCCCCCCGCCGCGGCUGCCGCCCCAAGCCUUGUGCACACCUGCCCGAAGCACGGGGCACCCUCCGGAGGGCUCCCCGUGCUUCAGGUGACAGGCUGCUGCCCCAAGCCUCGCGCGCUCGGCGGGACCUCCUGCUGGGCGCGCAAGGCUUGCGGACACUCGCCGGGGCUGCAGGCUGCUGCCCGCAAGCCUUGUGAGCCCGCGGGAACUCCCACCGGGCUUGCAAGGCUUGCGGAUAGCUUCCUGAAGCCUGGAGAGCGAGAGGGGUCGGUGCGCACCGAUGCCUCUCGCUCUCCAGGCUUCAGCGAAAGCCUGCAUUCGCCCCAUAGGACGCACACACAUUUCCCCUUCAUUUUUGGAGGGGGAAAAUUGUGUCCUAUAGGGCGAAAAAUACGGUAAUUACUAGGGGGGUGGGAAAGGAAUGAGAGGAAAACAGUCUCCCCUCCUCAUCUGUGGGAACAAGAACUAAGCCAGGGGCAGUUGCAUCAGUAUUGAGAGGGAGAAGCCGCAAGGAGGAAGCUUCUAACUCAAUUUGAAGGAGACCUGUCCUGAAUGGGGCUUUCUUCUGAGCAAACAUUGUGGAGACUUCUGUCCUUAGUGGCAUGCAAGCACUUGGGGUGACGGUGAGGUGUUGCUCCUUCCAGCCCAAAUGCAAAAGGAUCAACUUUGAAGAAGAAUAUUGACCAUUGGGUGAGGGACGCAUUGCUGGAUAAUAUAGUCCUAUAUUAAAUUGCCGCGUGGGAAUGACCUCAUAAGGCCCAAAUCUCCCCCUCUCCCACUGGCCCUGAGGUAUUAGGGGGAGGUCUAAAUCUUCCAUGCUUUUUGAGAUUCAUCUCUCUCUCUCUCUCUCUCUCUCUCUCUCUCUGCACAGGGUAGACAACAACCACUUGUUGCUUCUGAUGAUCCAUGUCUUCCGGGAAAAUGAGGAGCAGCUGUUCCGGGUAGGUCUGUGAGGUGUUGCCGCCUUCUCUUCCCUUUCCCCCACUCCUUUUGGGAUGUCCCCCUCUCGACUUACUCAGUUUCUCCUGUCCUUAAGAGGCAAAGUGAAGGGGGUGUUUGUGUGUGCGGGGCUUGAUGCCAGCUAGCUCAAAGCCUGCUUUGGAGGGGAAGAACUCUCUUCUGUCCUAGAGUCACCAGCAGUUCCAGCAGAUCAGGAACAGGGAGCAGUGCAAAAGAGCAGACUUCAAGAAAGAAGAUUCCACCUAAACAUUAGGAAGAACUUCCUGACAGUAAGAGCUGUUCGACAGUGGAAUUUGCUGCCAAGGAGUGUGGUGGAGUCUCCUUCUUUGGAGGUCUUUAAGCAGAGGCUUGACAACCAUAUGUCAGGAGUGCUCUGAUGGUGUUUCCUGCUUGGCAGGGGGUUGGACUCGAUGGCCCUUGUGGUCUCUUCCAACUCUAUGAUUCUAUGAUUCAGUGUUCCAUGGGCAGCGUUGCCCCAGUGGCAAAGUUGUGGCCAGUGGGUGCGUUUCGCGGAGCCCCUGUGGCAAAGCCUUAACAGGGCGCCUCUCUCUUUCCCCCCCACGCAGAUGAUCCGCAUGAGCUCUGGGCACAUGGAGGGCAACCUCCAGCUCGUCUACGUGCUGCUGACCGACUGCUACGUCUACCUCCUCCGCAAAGGUAUCCUGCCAGGCUGGCCCAGUCUCUUCCCUCCUUGGGGCACAGGCCCCGAUCCUGGCUUUGUACUUGCAAAGGAGCCAUUUAGUGAUGUUUCAGGGGUGAUUAUUUGGCAGGCGGUGCUGCAGAUGGUGGAUUGAAAAAGCAUUUUUACCAGGGCUGCUUAACACAUCCCUUCUGCUCCCUUUGUGGCCACUGGAGUCGCAAAAAGUAUUUGUCUCACAUAAUAUACCCCACAUACACCUGUCUUUAUCCCUCUCCCCCCCCCCCCCCGGCAAAUAACUUGGCACUCCCCGUCUUACUUUCUUUUGGGCCACAGGCAACUUCCAAAGGCAGGGUUUUGGUGGCAUGCAUACAUAACAGCGGGUGGCGCUGUGGGUAAAACCUCAGCGCCUAGGACUUGCCGAUCGCAUGGUCGGCGGUUCGAAUCCCCGCGGCGGGGUGAGCUCCCGUCGUUCGGUCCCAGCGCCUGCCAACCUAGCAGUUCGAAAGCACCCUCGGGUGCAAGUAGAUAAAUAGGUACCGCUUUAUAGUGGGAAGGUAAACGGCGUUUCCGUGUGCUGCUCUGGUGCCGGUUUGCCGGAGCAGCUUCGUCACGCUGGCCACGUGACCCGGAAGUGUCUGCGGACAGCGCUGGCUCCCGGCCUCUAGAGUGAGUUGAGCGCACAACCCUAGAGCCUGUCAAGACUGGCCCGUACGGGCAGGGGUACCUUUACCUUUACCUUUAUACAUAACAGCCAUCUUCAAAUAUCUCAAGGGGCUGUCGCAUGGAAGAUGGAACAAGCUUGUUUUCUCCUGUUCUGGAGGUUAGGAUUCGAACCAAUGGCUUCAAGUUACAAGAAAGGGGAAUCCGACUAAACAUCAGGAAGAACUAGCUGACAGCAAAAGCUGUUAGACAGUGGAACGGUCUCCCUCGGGAGGUAGUAGCCUCUCCUUCCAUGGAGGUUUUUAAGCAGAGGUUGGAUGGCCAUCUGCCAUGGCUGCUUUAGUUGAGAUUCUCACAUUGCAGGGGGUUGGACUAGAUGACCCUCAUGGGUCCCUUCCAGCUCUACAGUUCUAUGAUAAUUUAAUUUGUAUGCUGCCUUUCCACAGUUCAAACUAUGCUCAAGGUGACCUACAAAAUGAAAACAAUACAUAGCUACAACAUGACAAUAGUACAGUCAUACCUCUUGUUACGUUUCCUUCAGGUUAAAUCUUUUCAGGUUGCGUCCUGCGGCGACCCGAAAGUACCAGAAAGUGUUACUUCUGGGUUUCGCCGCUCACAGACGCUCAAAAUGACGUCACGCACGGAAGCGGUGAAUCGUGACACGCAGGCGCGGGUUGCGUUCUGCUCAUGUUGCGAACUGGGCUCCAGAACGGAUCCCGUUCGUAACCAGAGGUACCACUGUAGUCAUAAACAAUAAAUAAAACAUUAAAAAUUUUCACAACCCAACUGAACAGCUUCCACAUAAAUCACAAGAAGAUCUAUAAUAAAAAUGCAAAAAAACACCCCAACAGCAACAACCCUCCCCUCCCCCCAGCCCAAGAACCUGGCAUGGAGGCAUCCCAAUUUAAAUUUGCCCUAGAAGCGGUUUAGUGGGUGGACUUUGCUGAUGCUCACUGUUGCCUGCGCUGACUGGCAGCAGUGCCUCUCCAUGGUUGCAGGCAAGUGGGGGAGGCAUUCCCAGCCCUACCUGAAGAAACUGCGAGGGAUUGAACCUGGGAUCCUCUGUGCACAAAGAAGAUGUUCUGCCGCUGAGCCACAGCCCUUCCUCAUUUUGGUGGGGAAGGGCACAUUGUACGGCAUUGCCUUGCUCAGUUCAAAGCCUGCCUCCCUGUUUGCUGUGACUGUGUCCAGGGAGUGUGGCUUCCAGACCAUCUCCCCGCCUUCUGUUGUAGUUGCUUUGCUUUUUUUUUUAAGUGAGGAUGUGAGCAAUAUCACCUGGGGCCUGAUCACUGAGCUGCAAGAGGCCGUGCCAGGUGAUCCAGAGACCCUCGUGGAUGGGCUGCAACUUUCCCAAACCAUGUGACUGACUUGGCUCUCUCUCUUUCUCCUCCCUGCUCCCUCCCCCUUUUUGGCUCAGGAGCCGCUGAGAAGCCCUACAUGGUAGAGGAAGCAGUUUCCUACAAUGAACUGGACUACAUCUCAGUGAGUUGGGAAAGGGGGACUGAGGCAGGGGGACAGUGCUGGCGCCUCUUGGGACAGAAGCUGGAUCCAGCCAUGGUACACCUGAGAGGGGAGGGCCUUCUUGUUUUCAGUGCUCUGAAUUCCAGGGCAAGGGUGCUGUUCCCAAAGAGUUGUGGGGCUUUUACCAGUGCGGUUUCAGAGGCACAGAAGCUGCCCGGUUGAGCUGCUGGCUUCUGCCGGGGGGGGGGGGGGAGAGACACACCAUUGUGUGAAUGCAGCAGGGGCAGCUGGACCUGUUGAAACUGCUUGGCAUCCAAGGAUAUUGCAGAGUCAUGGCCACAGAGGGCAUCAUGCCAGGCUCUGUGGCACCUCCAGUGCCCACCUUUGAGCAGCCCCCUUUUUGAUUUUUUAUGAUUUUCAAUUUUAUACAUUUCAGUAAUUUUACAAUCAUUUUAACAUUUUGAAACUCAUCUUCCUUCCCGCUCUUUCUGUGGUUCUUCAAAUUUGUUUUAUAUAUUUUCUGCAUAUUCCAAAUUAACUUUUUUUAAUAAUAUUUUUUAUUAGUUUUCAAUUACAACCCAUUAAUAGCCUCAUUAUAACAAUGCCAAAUUAUAAUACAGAAAGAGUUUGGAUUUGAUAUCCCGCUUUAUCACUACCCGAAGGAGUCUCAAAGUGGCUAACAUUCUCCUUUCCCUUCCUCCCCCACAACAAACACUCUGUGAGGUGAGUGGGGCUGAGAGACUUCAGAGAAGUGUGACUGGCCCAAGGUCACCCAGCAGCUGCAUGUGGAGGAGCGGGGAAGCGAACCCAGUUCACCAGAUUACAAGUCCACCGUUCUUAACUACUACACCACACUACACCACAGUUACUAAUACCAAUCAUUCAAAUACCAAAUUGAAAUACACAGUGGUACCUCGGGUUACAGACGCUUUAGGUUACAUACGCUUCAGGUUACAGGCUCCGCUAACCCAGAAAUAGUGCUUCAGGUUAAGAACUUUGCUUCAGGAUGAGAACAGAAAUCGGGCUCCGGCGGCACGGCGGCAGCAGGAGGCCCCAUUAGCUAAAGUGGUUCUUCAGGUUAAGAACAGUUUCAGGUUAAGUACGGACCUCCGGAACGAAUUAAGUACUUAACCCGAGGUACCACUGUAAUAUAGGUGUUCCCCCGCAUGCUAGAAUUGAUUGAAUUAUUUUCUUUACAUCUGCAUUCCAGAUACUAAUUUCAGUUACAUUCCUGUCACGAUAAUAAUCCCAUAUACAACAACUGCAAUAUUAAUUUCUAUUCGUAUUGACACAUUAAAUGGUUUAUGAAACUACAAGUGAGGCACUCAAACUAUGUCCUUGUUCUUCCUGUGUGUGACAAUUAUUCUGUCCAUAAUGUUUCUUCCUGUCCUUGUAAAAUGCUGUGUCUGUCUUUCCUGGUUGUUGAUGUUCUCCAUCAUGCCUUGGGUGGAGCUAAUAUCCCAUGGUUGUUUCAGAAAUGCAUAUUCCAUAUUAACUUAAUCAUUUAUUCAUCUACUUUAAGUGCAUACUCUUAUAAAACUGCAGGUUAUUACAAUAGUCCUGCCAGUGUUCUUACCUGUUUACAGUUUGUUUGUAAAUAUUCAGUUGGGCAGCCCACCUUUGAGCAGCUUCUCAGCUCAAAGGCUGAGGGGCUCUCCUUUGUCCUGGGGCUUCUUCCCUGACCUGGGGUACCUUCCUUCUGCCGCAGGUGGGCCUGGACCAGCAGACGGUGACCUUGGUCUGCACCAACCGCAGGAAGCAGUUCCUUCUGGACACGGCCGAUGUCACCCUGACCGAGUGAGUAAAGCACCAGCCAGGCAUGCCUGCUCCCUUCCUGGCACCUUUAUGAGGCAGCUGCCCGCUUUGUGGCCUUGGGUGCUCUUGCCCUGCACAAGGCAGAGCAGUGCGCCAGCUGGGGGUGCAGAAGGGGACUGGCCCCACAUUUUAAGGGCUCCUCCCUUACCAGUUUGCUUCUGGGAUGGCCUCAGAAGAGUCUGCUGACUGCAGCAAGGCUGUAUUUUAACAGCAUCUAAAUGCUAUUAAGGGGGGACAGGGAGGAUUUCAGUACAUUCCCAGUACAUUUCCGAGCACAAUUCAAAGUGGUGGUGCUGACUUUGAAAGCCCUAAAUGGCCUCGCCCUCUGUACCUGAAGGAGCGUCUCCACCUCCAUCGUUCAGCCCUGAAAGUGAGGAUCUCCUGGCAGUUCCCUCACUACAAGAAGUGAAGUUACAGGGAGCUAGGCAGAGGGCCUUCUCGGUAGUGGCACCCGCCCUAUGGAACGCCCUCCUUUCAGAUGUCAAGGAAAUAAACAACUAUCUGACAUCUGAAGGCAGCCCUAUAUAGGGGAGUUUUUAAUGUUCGUUGUUUUCCUGUGCUUAACGUUUUAAUUGUUGGAAGCUGCCCAGAGUGGCUGUGGUAAACCCACUCAGAUGGGCAGCAUGUAAAUUAUUAUUAUUAUUGGAUCAGCUUUGGUUUUCUGGCCUGAUCCCCCAUUUCUGGGAAUGAAUCCUCACCUCCUGACUCCCGCUUUUGCCCUCUGUAUUCCCCCCUCCCUCCCCCAGGUUUUUCCUGGUGUGCCUCAAGUCAGCCAUGAUCAAAGGAUGCCGAGAGCCGCCCUAUCCCAGCAUCCUGACGGACGCCACCAUGGAGAAGCUGGCGCUGGCCAAGUUUGUGGCUCAGGAAUCCAGGCGGGAGGUGAGGAGGGCACUCUGGGCCAUUUUCCAGCCAACUGCAGGCAGUUUUAAGUGCAAGCCUCCCUGACCUGUUUUCAGCAAGGGGAGAACGUGACUAGUGUCUGCAUGUUGCAGAAUGAUCAGAUGGUCCUCGGGAUCAGAAUGAGAGCGGCAGGCCUGCUCCACUUUUGCACUGCAUCUGAGAGAAUUCCAUAUGCAAUAAGGCUGCGGGCGGGGGGCUGUUCUCCCCAAGCCACACCCACCUGUCAGUCAGCUGACAUCAGCUGGUUGGCAGGUCAGUCCUGCUGGGUUCUGCUUCACCAGAGAGUUCCCCAUGAGGAGUGUUCCCCCUACAGAGAACAGGAGCCAAUCCUCCACUCAUCAGCUGGUGAACAGAGAGUUCAGUCCUGCUGUCUGCUGCUUUGCCAGCCUGUUUCCUGCAAGGAACACCCUGGUGGGCAGGGGUCACAUGACAUCAUAAUGACAUUGACGGGUGGGUUGGGGGUGUUGAAUGUGCCAAAAAGGUUCCCUGCCUCAGCUGUGAGGGAAGAAGGAGACUGUCAUGGUCUCUGCCAGUUUUCCCACCUGGAUACUUAGCUCCUGCUGUCCUCCUUCCCCACAAAUAGGAUUGGUUCAGGGGUCCCCCUAGCAUUUCAGACCCUCUCCCCCCCCGACCAAGGGGCCUUUCAGGCACCUGCCCUGGAGGGACUUCAUCACAAGCUCCUUCCUCCUCCCCACCCCCAGUGCUAUGAAGCUAUUAACCCUACUUGUGAUUUGGGGCGGGGUCUCCUUCAGAUCUCGGAUGUGGUGGUCCGCUUCUACGGCCUGAUCCACUGGGAAGACCCCAUGGACGAGACUCUGGGGCCAGCCCCCUCGGACUACAUGCUAGUCGAACAUCCCAUCACAAAGGAAGGUGUCCUGAGCUACAAGGCAGGGACCAACUACCUGGGCAAGGAGAACUGGAAGACCUGCUACGUGGUGCUCAGGUGAGAGAGAGACAGGAUCACAGAGCGAGCGAGGACGGGAGCACAAAAGGCUCAGAGGAAGCGCCACGGGCUUGCUUCUCUUACUGUUUGUGCCUCCAAUGUGCAGCCCCCUUCGCCUUCCUAAUGACCCCCCUGCCCCUGUCGGACAUUGUGCCCUGCGACUCGCAUCAGCAGCAAGCUGAUGCAGCAGCUGCCGUGAGUGCCCACCCUUUACCAGAGUGAUUGAGCUCCCCACCCUGAGUCCUGAACACAGGACAGGAGAGCAUGACAAAAUCGGCUCUUGCAUUUUCCCUCCACAGCAACGGCAUCUUGUAUCAGUACCCGGACCGUGCGGACGUCACCCUUCUUCUUUCCGUGACCAUGGGGUGAGUUUGCCCCGCGAGGCAGGAGCCUUCCAGAUCUUCCCUCUUCCCCACCCAUACCCACCCCACUCACUCACAACCCUCUCUGGCCCUCCUUGCAGUGGGGAGCAGUGUGGAGGGUGCCGGAGGUCCAACGGGACGGACCACCCCCACUCCUUCCAGGUGAUCCUGACUGACCGGCCCUCCCUAGAGCUGAGCGCCGAGAGCGAGGAGGAGAUGGCUGACUGGAUGCAGUACCUGUGCCAGGCGGUCUCCAAAGGGGUGAGAAAAAGCUCUGCUUCCAGAUGAGACCAGUACGACUCACAGGGGUUGCUGCUUAUGAGGGGUCCUAGGCAGCCUGGGCUUCUGUGGCCCCAUAAAACCACUUUUGGCCCUCAUCAGUAAAGGGGGUAAAGGUAAAGGGACCCCUGACCAUUGGGUCCAGUCGUGACCGACUCUGGGGUUGCGGCGCUCAUCUCGCUUUAUUGGCCAGGGGAGCCGGCAUACAGUUUCCGGGUCAUGUGGCCAGCAUGACUAAGCCGCUUCUGGCGAACCAGAGCAGUGCACGGAAACGCCGUUUACCUUACCACCAGAGUGGUACCUAUUUAUCUACUUCCACUUUGACGUGCUUUCGAACUGCUAGGUUGGCAGGAGCAGGGACUGAGCAACGGGAGCUCACCCUGUCGCAGGGAUUCGAACCGCUGACCUUCUGAUCGGCAAGUCCUAGGCUCUGUGGUUUAACCCAUAGCACCACCCGCGUCCCUAGUAAAGGGGGAGACCUGCUGAAAUGAAUGACCGCAAGUUAGCCUUGUCCAUUAGCUUCAGUGGGUCAACUCCUGAGUAGAACUGGAGAACCAACACACUCCAUAUGCCAGAACUUUCCAAACAUUGUUAGUGUGUCAACCUCAGUGUGUAGGUGUGUUGUGCAAACUCUCGCCGGGCUGGAAAGGGGUUAGUUUAACCUCUGGUUUGCUAAUAAAACUGAUUUACUAUUUUGUGAACGGAUGCAUGUCUAAAAAGUGUGUCACCAACAGGAAAUGUUUGGAAAUCUCUGCCUUCUUCCAGGUGGUCCCCCAGGGUGUGGUUCCUGCCCCCUGUGUCCCUUGCUGCCUGGUGCUGACAGAUCAGAAACUCUUCACCUGCCACGAGGACUGCCAGACCAGCUUCUUUCGCUCGCUGGCCACGGCUGAGUUGGCGGACGUGGUCUCUGUCUCCACAGAGGCUGGCCGGGAAUACUGUAUCUUGGUGAGUAUUUGGGUGACCUGGGGGCAUGUGCCACAUGGGUGUGUCCAGCCAGCAAUGGCUACAGACACCUUAUACCAGAUCAUACCAUCAGUCCACCUAGCUCAGUAUUGUCAACACUGACUGGCAGCAGUAGCUGUCCAGGGUCUUGGGCAUGGGACAUUCCCAGGCCUACCUGGAGGUGCUGCCAAGGACCGAAUGUGCGACAUUCUGCAUCCAAAUCUGAGCUAUGACCCUUCUCCUAAAGAGUAAGUAAAGUAAGUUCUGAAUAAUGAUUGGCAUCUGACUGUCUUGGAAGACACCUUUGGGAGUGAAGUCAAACCACUGGAGAGUUACAGCGCCUGCUGUGGCUGGAGAAACCAAUGUGGGGAGACCUGUUUUAUUGCAGGUGGGACAAAUUUUGCUGCUGCAGGUGCACCAUGGCAUUUCUUCUCUCUGUGCUCCUCCCAGUGGUCAUUCCUUCUCAGGCCGCUGAUGAAGCCAGCCUUCGUGACUUGUUUGCAGACACCUUCCUAACGCAGAGUUGGUCUGCCGAUGGUCCUGAAGGCAGCUCCGCAAAGCAUACUUGGGGAUCCUGCCAUAUUUCAUUUUGUGUACCACGACCAAGCCAGUAUAGUUCUGAAUAAAGGGCCGAUUUAUAUAAGAAAAUAGGAAGCUGCCUUAUACAAAGUCCGGCCCUGAGGCAUUCUCAAAGUAAAGGAAGGAUUAUACUCUGAUUAAUAAGAAUACACACAGAGGCUUGAACCAGCAAGACUUUGGGAAGGGUGCGUAUAAUAAUCUCUCCCUCCACCCUCCGGCCCAGGUCAUUUUAUUCACAAAAGAACUUUUUACAGAGUAUUCGUAAGAACCAAGCAGAUUUCUUCUGAGCAUUUCAACAAACCACGUGGGGACAAAGUUAAACUACCAAAACUAAUUAAGCAUGGUGUAAAUAAAACAGACUACAAAACUACAAGGGAGUGCAUUUGGCAGCCCCGGGAGGUGAUAAACAAGCAAUAUACAUGAUAAGAAGAAUGGUCAGGAGGACAGCGAUCAUUAUCACCUUUAUGUGAAACCUGUUUCCUGGCCCUAAGAUUAACAUCCUAAGAUUAACAUAUCAGAAAAGCUACAUCAAAGAAACUGCCCACUGUCUUUGAUGACCCAGGAUGCCUGCCUGGCGAUGCAACUGGCAGUGUACGUGACUGGUCAAGAAAGAGAAAUGGAAGAGGGAUGCAGAGGUGUGGAUUGAUCAAGAAUCAUAUCAAAAGAGUUUAAACCCAGUCAACGCAAUGCUUUCAUUGCUGACACAGAUGACUUACUCUAUAUUUGUUAUAAUUCCUCAUAGCAAUCCCACCUGAUCACUACACGGCUCGUAGUCUGUCUUGCUCAUUAUUGUCAAUUAUUGAUCAACAUAUCCAAAGGCUUAGAGUUGGAAGGGACCCUGAGGAUCAUCUAAUCCAGCCUCCUGCAAUGCAGGAACAUGCAGCUGUCCAUUAUGGGCAGCCUUGCAAUUACCAGCACCAUGCUCUAGCCAACUAAGCUAUCCAGCUCUUCAGUGUUUUCAGACAGGAGGAGCCCAUUCCCAGCCCUGCUUGGAGAUGCUGACGUUGGAGAUUGAAUCCGGGUCCUUCUGCAUACCAAGCAGGUGCCCUUCCCCUCAACUGAUGUGUGUCUUACCCUCUCUCCCUUCCUAGGAGUUUGCCCAGGACCGCAAGCAGUACCUGCCCUCCUGGGUGCUCUAUUUUAGCUGCAUAGCAGAACUGGAGAGGUUCCUCCUGGCGUUGGACACGGUGUGGAAAAGCACCUACCAGGUAAGCUGGCCUGGCCGUUGGCCUGGCUCUCCUCCCAGUCCUCUGAAAGGCGGCUAGGCUUUGCCUGCUCUGCUCCCUUUCCUACACACUGAAGCCCAUGCUGUGUCUUGGCUCCUACCGUGGCAUUGCCAUCAAACCAUAGGGGUGGCUGUGCUGCUGCUAUGAAACGUAAAAAGGGCCUUUUGUUGAUGUCCUUCUGUUUCAAGAGACAAUGGAGUGCACCUCCAGGGGUGAAGAUAAACUGCCGCAUUAGCAGCACCAAAGUGACCUCCAUGGGGCACAAGCCUAGACAGUGUGCAUGGAUGUUCUAGGAUGCCCAGACGACAAGACCCCCCUCUCGGCCUUGCUGAUGUGGAGCACAGGAAAGCAGAGCAAUACAUUUGGCACCAGGGGCUGCAGGAGUUGCUGGAAGGAGGUGCACAAGGCACCAUCCAACCAAUCUUAGAGAUUCCUCUCUCCAGAUUUGAGUAGGGUUUAUUCCUUAACCUUGUCUUCUCUUAAAGAUAUCCUACAAGGCACAGUUUUCCUUCUCCUAGUUGCAAAUAAAGAGAUCCAAAUAAUACCUGUACUGAUGAUAUAAGGCUGUCAUCACAUUCUGAUUCAACGUAUAGCAAGGGACUAUGAGACUCUGGGCACAUUCAUCACUCCUUCCUCUUUUAUAUAACAUGGCUUAUUCAGACAUAAUGCACUGCAAUAAAAGACCAAACAAAUCUAAACAAAAACAGAGAAAGAAAAAGUCCUCUUUCACAGGUACAUCUUAAUUUGUCCCACACAAAGGGGGGGGGGGACCGUUCCAGCUCUCACUUGGGAGCUUACCUUUCUUUUUCCAUCCUCCCACCCUGGGAGAUCUUCUUUUCCCUUCAUCCAUCCAUCCAUCCAUGUUAACCCCUCCUUAAUCCUGAGUCGAGGACCACAAAAAUUGCCAAAGACCAGAGCAGAACAACAACACAAAGAAAGCAGAGAAAAGAAAAGAGAGCAAAGAGAGAAGAGUAUUGAAGGAAAUAAUAAAGGAAUAAAAUGGAAAGAUAAAAAGAAGUAAAAAUGACAAGCAUAGUAAAUACCUUUUAGUAAAGUGACAGACAUGAAAUAUCUAUCCCACAUCCAAUGCGGGGCCCAGAGAGUCCAGAGUAGUCCAGCACAGUGGAUCAGAUGAAAUCAAGCAUUGGGAUGAAAUCCAGCCCCUAGGAUUUCCCCACCUUGGACCUGCAGUCACUGGCUCAUAUCAACCUCCUCCAAAGCCUGCUCUGUGUUUCAGGAUGUUGCCGUUGCAGAGUGGGGUUUUGAAGGGUCUUUGUAGUGUCUCGAGGGCUGUCAGGAGGCAGAAGCUGAGGGCGAGAACCUUUGAGAAUAAUCCUGAAGUGCCACAACAAACAAAAGAAAAAACAGAAAUAUUAGGUUCUAGAAAGCAAAUCAAUGACAUCGUUUAGCCUUCUUCAAAUAUCUCAAGGGCAGUCACAAGGAAGAUUUCUUGUUUUCUCGUGCUGUGGGGGUGAGGACCCAAACCAAUGGUUCAAGUUACAAGAAAGGAAAUUCUGAGUAAACAUGGGAAUAGUUUUCUGGCAGUUAUAGCUGUUGAACAGUAGAACGGACUUCCCUCGGAAGAUGGAAGGCUCUCCUUCAUUGGCGGUUUUAAGCAGAGGUUGGACGGCCAUCUGCCAUGGCUGCUUUAGUUGAGAUUCCUGCAUUGACGGGGGGGUCCCUUCCAACUCUACAAUUCUGUGAUCACGCAACCGCAACCACCCCCACUGGAGGAUUUGCACAGCUGCAUUACAAUCCUAGAUUUGCUUGAAGAAGUGGGGUUGGGAAGGUGAAAAGUGAGCUAGGUAGUUGCGUUGGGUGGGAAGAGGAAGUUUGAGGCUGUUAAUGUGGGUGGGGUUUGGUGAGCCAAGCGAGUGGGGGCACAGCUUGUGCUAAUAGAAUCUUUCAGCUGUGCAAAACAGCAACAAUACACCCUGCAUUGCAGGGGGUUGGUGUCGAGGACACUCAGGGUUCCUUCCAAGUCCACAAUUCUGUGAGACAGGUAAUCACUGAAACAUCUGUUUCAACGAAGAGCCUUUUGUCAAGUUCCUUCAGGAGACUGAUAUCUUCUAAUCCCUUGGCAGGGUUGGUGUGUGUGUGUGGAGUUUCUCCCCAGAUUCCAGUUUGGAUGAUGAUGCACACGAGGAAGCAAUGUUGUCGUUUUUGUAUAUGGUUGAAAAUGUAUGUUAGUUCAAUACAGAUGCUGUUUGGAGACAGGCAGCGUGGCUGGACUGAGAGCCAGGAGGCCAGGGUUCGAAUCCCCCACUCAGCCAGGAGGCUUGCUAGCUAGACAGCCUUUGGGGCUGGUCGCUGCAUCUCAGCCUAACCUACCUUGGGGGUUAAUUCAGGAGCGGGGGAAACUAUGUAUGCCAGCUGAGAAAAAAGUGGAAUAGAAAUACAAUACAGUCAUACCUCGGGUUUAAUGUGCUUUGGGUUGAGCAUUUUCAAGUUACGCUUCAUGGCGACCUGGAUGUAACGGAGCGCGUUACUUCCGUGUUUCGCCGCUUGUGCAUGUGCAGACGCUCAAAAUGACAUCGCACGCAUGCGCGGAAGCGGCAAAACGCGACCCGCGCAGAGGCGCAGUUGCAUCUUACGUUUUACUCAGGAUGCAAACAGGGCUCCGGAACGGAUCCCGUUCGCAUCCAGAGACACUACUGUACAUCAAUACCAUUUGAGUCUCUUAUCUGUGAUGAAGAAACAGCUCCUGGACCAGGUGGCCUUGGGCUCUGUGGUUAGGCUGCUGGGGCUUUAACCAGGCAGGGUUCACCCUUCAGCCUCACCCAGCUCCCUGUUUUUGGUCUUAGCAAGCCACAAACCUUCCUCUCCCGCCCCUGUUUUGUCCUGACAGGUGGACCUCCUGCACAAGCCGAUCGAGGACGCCUCCAUCCGGAAGAAGUGCGAGGACGCCGUGAGCUUGAUCCACAGCGCCUGGCAGCGGAGCGACAGCCUUUGCCGCGGGAGGGCUUCCCGGGACCCCUGGUGUUAG